GCGCUGGCUGUCGUGAGAAGCCUCUUUUCAACAGACAAAUUUAGAAUUUGAGUUCGAAAUGUAGUUCAAAAUUUUUAACUCCAUGGUCUUUUACGAUGAAAGUAAACUUUAAAAACAAUUUUAUCAAAUGCUAGGUGUCACUAGCUUACCUUCUUUAACUUCGCGGCAGUUCGCAACAUUACGUUGGUUCUUUGGCGUGAGAAGUGAAAAGUAUAUCGAGAAGGACUACUCUGUUGCCGUCAAUGCAGAACCUUCGGUGUUUUAUUCCAUGAAUUUCAUAUCCUAAAAGCAACUUCUAUCAAACAUGGCAGAAAAAAAGAAGGAUUUACCGUUGUGGAAGCAAGCUGUCCUUCAAGUUGGCGCAGGAGGAUGUGCUGGUUUUGUUGAAGUUUGCAUCAUGCACCCUCUUGAUCUGGUUAAAACCAGACUGCAGCUUCAAAAAAAAACAAGCACACUAAAAUCCAGUGAUGUGCACAUCUACAAUGGGGUUGGAGACUGUUUUGCCAAGAUGUAUAGACACGAAGGCUUUCUGGCAUUUUAUAAAGGGAUUGUUCCUCCCAUACUUGUGGAGACACCCAAAAGGGCUGUCAAAUUUUUCACUUUUGAACAGUACAAAAAAGUUUUCCUGUUCGGUGCUCCCAGUCCAACGCCCUUGACUUUCUCUGCAGCAGGUUUUGCGUCAGGUGUCACAGAAGCUGGACUCGUCACCCCAUUUGAAGUAGUGAAGGUAACAUUACAAGCUAACAAGGCCAAAGCAAUCGAAACCCCAAGCACAUGGUCAGUUGCAAAACAGAUAAUCCAAAAUCAUGGUUUUGGAUCCCGUGGCUUGUACAAAGGAUUUUUUGCAACAGUAAUGAGGGGAGGUGUCUUCAACAUGGUCUAUUUUGGAUUUUACCAUUCAGUCAAAGACCAUUUUCCGACUCUGCAAGACCCUGUACAUGAAUUCCUGAGAAAAAUUGGCCUAGGUUUUGUUUCUGGUACAUUGGCGUCCUGCACUAAUAUCCCCUUUGAUGUAGCAAAGAGCCGAAUUCAGGGACCGCAACCUGAGCCUGGCGUGAUCAAAUACAAAUCUACCAUAAAUACCUUACGAACCGUCUACAUUGAGGAAGGAUGGAGAGCUCUGUACAAAGGUUUGGUGCCAAAAAUCAUGCGGCUUGGACCAGGAGGCGCGAUCAUGCUGUUGGGUUUUGAGUACGCCUAUGAAUUUUUGUAUGAAACUUUUGCUUGAUCCCCAAUAACUCUAGUCAUAGUCUGCAUUUAUACUUAAUUAUCCGUCUGCAGGUGGAUUCCUCUUAACACGUCUCAAGUUUGUGAGUUUUGCCGGUGCCUGUAUCUUCAGGGAGAAUAUGAGAAAAAGCUGUGCUGUGUUUAAAAUAUUUUGUUUACUUUUUUAGCAGUGUUUUUUCAUCAUCAAUAAAUUACUAUAGAAUUGUGCCA